CAUUCCCCCGUCCCCCGCUCCUCCUCUCGUCCACCCCCUCCACCCAUCCGCCGCCUCCCAGCACCCUCCUCCACGAACCCCAGCGGCGCACCGCACCGCACCGAGCUCGCCGGAGGAGAGAGAUGGGCGGGCCAGGCCUCUACACCGGGAUCGGCAAGAAGGCCAAGGAUCUGCUGUACAAGGACUACCAGACCGACCAGAAGUUCACCCUCACCACCUACGCCGCCAAUGGCGCCGCAAUUACUGCUACCAGUACAAAGAAGGGUGAUCUGAUACUCGGUGAGAUCCAGUCCCAGAUCAAGAACAAAGGAAUCACUGUAGAUGUGAAGGCCAACUCAGCAUCUAAUGUCAUUACUACAAUUACCGCUGAUGAGUAUGCGGCACCAGGGCUGAAGACCAUCUUCAGCUUUGCUGUUCCUGAUCAGAAAUCUGGAAAGGUUGAGCUCCAGUACUUGCAUGAUUACGCUGGUAUUAAUGCAAGCAUUGGUUUGACUGCUAAUCCUGUUGUCAACCUCUCUGCUGCAUUUGGAAAUAGCGCUCUAGCUGUUGGUGCUGAUGUCUCACUUGAUACUGCCACCAAGAAUCUGACCAAAUACAAUGCUGGGCUUAGCUACACCAAUAAAGAUCUUAUUGCAUCCCUGAACUUGAACAACAAGGGAGACAGCCUCACUGCAUCCUAUUACCACAUUGUGGAGAAAUCCAACACAGCUGUUGGGGCGGAGCUGACCCACAGCUUCUCGAGCAACGAGAACAGCCUCACCAUCGGCACCCAGCAUAUUCUUGACCCGCUUACCCUCGUGAAGGCCCGCUUCAACAACUCUGGAAAGGUCAGCACGCUGAUCCAGCACGAGUUCAGGCCGAAGUCGUUGAUCACCAUCUCUGCGGAAGUCGACACCAAGGCCAUUGAGAAGAGCUCCAAGGUCGGCAUCGCAUUGGCCCUCAAGCCUUGAUUGCUGUUCAUCAUAAGCUCUCAGAACGUGCCUUGGUUUCGGAUGAAAUUGGGGCGAGUUGACAAGACCCUGUCCUUCGGUUGCUGUUGCAGUCUGUUAGAUUUGAAGAACUGCCGUAUUUCAUUCUGAGAAAUUUUGUCUUCGUCAGGUGUAGUCCGUGUCCAUUGAGCAACCUACUGCAAUAAUUCAAGCUCUGAAAAAUUCUGAACUUGCUUCGCUA